AUGGUUGACAAUUUGGCACCUUAUGUCCUGAAGUUCUUGGCAGCAGUUCAGUCAGUGCAGGCAUUUGCAUGGAGAUUUCUGGAGCUGCACAUCUUUAAGAUUAUAUCUGUUUGGAUUAUCUGGAUCACUGUUCAGGAGGUGUCCUUGAUGAACUGUCUUUUCUUCAUUCUGUGGACAUUUGCGCUUCCAUAUUCCAAACUUCGCCCAUAUGCUUCAAGAAUCAGUACAUUUUGGUCCUGCAUGAUGGUUAUUUGUAAAAUGAUGUACCAGCUGAAAUUUGUGAAGCCCUUGAAAUAUUCCUCAAAUUGCACACAGAGUCCAGGUGAUCCCGAAGGAAAGCUAGAGAAGGUGUUACUGGAUAAAUCAUUGCUGUACACUGCACUUGUUGACCCGGCACAUUGGGUUGGGGGCUUCAUGAAGUGUAAUGACAAUGUACUUCCGUGUCUAAAGAAUCACCUCACAAUCCUGAUUCUAAUGGCUCUUGAAGCAACUGUGCACCACCACCAAUGUUUCUACCGGAUACAGAAUCAGUUAAUGCCACCUACCACAAGGAGCAUAUUUCAUAACAUUGUUCGUGAGAAUUUGGAUGAUGGACUACUCAGUUGCAUAAAAUACUUUAUGAACUACAGUUUUUACAAGUUUGGACUAGAGACAUGCUUUAUAGCUGCCGUUAAUGUGAUUAGGCAGCGCAUGGAUUUUUAUGCCCUUAUCCAUGCCAGCUGGCUAAUUUACCUAUUGAGCUGCCGUCGGAGGAAGGCUGUAGCUGAAGUCUGGCCCAAAUACUGCUGCUUCCUUGCCAACAUAGUGGCCUUUCAGUAUCUACUUUGCAUUGGUCUCCCACCCGCUCUCUGCCAAGAUUAUCCAUGGAGAACCUCUCACUGGCUACUCCACUCAAAUCUGAUUAAGUGGCUGUAUCUGCCUGAUUUUGCCAAGAGACCCAGUGCUAAUUUUCUUCUGUAUGACUUCCUGCUUCUGCUGUUUGCCUCCCUCCAAUGGCAGGUGUUUGAAGAUGAGAAUAAUCCUGUUGUGAGAAUGCAAGCAGGAGAUAAUGUAGAAAUCAGCCGAGAGCUGGAUCCGGUGGGCCUCAAUGAAUACAGUCCAGUACCAAACUUUAUCCACUGCAGGUCUUACCUGGAUUUCUCAAAGGUGAUUGUGUUCAGAUAUCACUUCUGGUUUGUCCUUUGUCUUAUCUUUGUUACUGGGACAACAAGGAUCAACAUCUUCUGCUUGGGCUACCUUGUGGCCUGUUUCUACUUCAUGCUUUUUGGAGGAAGCCUUCAACUGAAGCCUGUCAAAGACAUACUCAGACUGUGGGACUAUCUGAUUGCUUACACAGCUUUGGUUAUAGUAAUGAAGAACAUCCUGGCUAUUGGAGCUUGUGCUUACCUUAAUAGAUUACAAAGAAACCACUGCUGGUUGAUUCAGACAUUUGGUAUGUUCUGCACAGUACCAGGAUAUGAUAUAGAUCCACCUGAUGAUAACAUAUGUGAACUGCCUGAGAACGAAGCAGGGAUAACCUGGGAUGCAAUAUGUUUUACUUUCCUGCUGGUCCAGCGUCGAAUUUUUACAAGCUACUAUUACCUCUAUAUUGUAGCAGAUCUCAGGGCUGCUGAGAUUUUAGCCUCCAGAGGAGCAGACCUGUUUGAACUAAAACUGAAAAGAAUGGUGGCUCUCAGAAUGGAAGAAGAAAGAAAAUCAAUGGAAAGCAUGAAGAGGCAAAUGGACUUAAUGAAACCAAAGCAGAAAAAAGUUAACAGCUUGGAGAAAAGAGUACCAGAAACAGAAACUGUGCAGAAGUCUGAAAGAGAGAAAGAUCCAGCCAGGACAAAGUUCACUGUCUACUCCUUACUCUUUUUUUCUUUAUUGAGUACUUUUUCCCUGGUAUCUUUUGUAGAAGAAGAUGGUAGCAAGAAAGAAAACGAAGACAAGAAAACAUGGUGGCAGCCAUGGGUGACUCACACAUCAAUGAUUCGAGGUGGAAGCUACUGCCUUUUUGAGACAGAUAGUGAGGAAGAAGAGGAAGGAAGGGUUACUGAAAAGAGUGAGGAAGAAACCCUGAAGAAGAAAACAGCAUUCCAGCUUGCAUAUCAAGCCUGGAUAAUAAACUCAAAAUCAGCUCUAAAGAUGAGAGAGCAAGAUGAAAUCAGAGCACAAAAGAAGAAAGAAGAGGAGGAGAAGGAGGAGGAGGAGGAAAAGCAACAGCAACAGAAAGAAAUAAAAUCUAGUGAAGAAAAUCUGGAGGUACCAGUCACUGGAGAAGAAUUGGAUGAACCAGAAACUAUCAUGCAAAGAGUAAUCAACAUUUUCAAGUUCACUUGGAUCUUUAUCCAAGCAUUGUUGGAUGAUACCACAGAAGCACUGAAUUCCCUUUGUAAAGAUAAUCUGGACAUAGCAAAUGUGCUGAGAACAGAAAAGUGUGUGCUUUGGCGAGAGAUUAACAAGGGAAAAGAGGCCUCAGCAGACACCAUUCUUCAGUAUUAUAACUUAAAGAAAAGUCAGCUACAUGGAGAAACUAAGACUGAAAUGACAGAAAGCAAAGACAAGAUACUCAAAUGUCCACUUGGGGAAGACACUGAGCCUUCACAUGUACAUCUCAGGAAUUCAAGCAGAGCUGCCAUAGAUGCUUCUAGAAAUGAGAAGGUAGAGAAAGUGAGACCUACAGGACUUUCCUUCCACAGGUUCCUUCCAGAUUCUUUUUGUGCAGAAUCUGCCAAUCGGGGGGUGUCUCCAUCAGAAGUGGAAGAAUCAACAGACUCCCUGUUUGCUAGAAGUAAAGAAACAGGCAGGUUGCUGAACAAAGUUCCUGAUAUGAUGACAGCCAGUGAACUGCUUCUGAUUAGGACUUUUCAUGAAGAUGAAUUGGAACAGUCGGAUAAAUUUUACCAGUGCCUUCCUCGCCUCCUGAAGCUGGGAAUUGCUUUGUAUAAUGCCAUGGAGUCUAAAUCAGAAAUGCUGUGUUAUUUUGUGAUCAUUCUUAAUCAUAUGGUCUCUGCUUCUAUCCUCACUUUGGUUCUUCCUAUUUUGAUAUUUCUGUGGGCAAUGUUGUCCAUUCCAAGGCCUACAAAAUUCUUUUGGAUGACUGCUAUCAUUUACACUGAGGUAACAGUUGUGGUCAAAUACUUUUCCCAGUUUGGAUUCUUUCCUUGGACAACUAAGGUGUAUUGUGGUCUCAAUGCUGAAGAACCAUUUGUUUUGCCAAAUAUAGCUGGAAUUGAGAAGAAGGAUGGCUACGUACAUUAUGAUCUGAUGCAGCUAUUGGCUUUGUUCUUCCAUAGAUAUAUCUUGAAGUGCUAUGGACUAUGGGAUUCCAAGGGUGUCAGCAUACUGGACUCCAAAGAAAAAAAUGUGACAGAGAGACCAGUGAAGAAAGGGCAGAGAGCCCACUUGAAGGAAGGUCAACCUGGAUUUGCAACAGAGCAACGUUUGAGACCUCAAAGUCUCUCAAGGAAUAUUUUCCGAAGGGUUAUGGAAGGCCAAGCCCCAAAAGAAGCCAAGAAGAAAUGGAGCUUGUUCAGGGGGGAAAGCACCAGCAGGAAGAGACUCACCAAGGAAACAGCACACCAGCAGAUACUAAAGGCAAAGAAGUUGCUGAUCAAAAUUGCUCUUCAGAUUUACCGGCCUAUCAAGCAAUUCUUCUAUGACAUUAUUCACCCUGAGUGCAGCCCAAUCUGUGAUGUUUAUGCCAUCAUGUUCCUAGUUGAUGUCAUUAAUUUUAUUAUUGUCAUAUUUGGCUACUGGGCUUUUGGUAAACACUCAGCUGCUGCUGACAUCACAGAAUCCCUUUCAGAAGACCAGGUACCGGAAGCUUUUCUCGUCAUGCUCUUGAUACAGUUUGGGACAAUGAUAGUUGAUCGGGCAAUCUACCUGAGAAAGAAUAUGUUUGGGAAAUGUGUUUUUCAAGUGGUCCUUGUCUUUGGCAUCCAUUUUUGGAUGUUCUUCAUAUUGCCUGGAGUAACAGAAAGGAGGUUUAACAGAAAUUUGGUAGCUCAGUUGUGGUACUUGGUCAAGUGUGUUUAUUUUGGGUUGUCAGCAUAUCAAAUCAAAUGUGGUUACCCCAAGCGCGUCUUAGGCAACUUUCUGACCAAGAGUUACAACUGUAUAAACCUCUUCUUAUUCCAAGGAUUUCGGCUGGUACCUUUCUUGACAGAGCUGAGAGCUGCUAUGGAUUGGGUUUGGACUGACACCACCCUCAGCCUGUCCAGCUGGAUCUGCGUAGAGGAUAUCUAUGCUAAUAUCUUUAUCAUGAAAUGCUGGAGAGAAUCUGAAAAAAAAUACCCCCAGCCUCCUGGACAGAAGAAGAAAUUGAUUGUGAAGUAUGGGAUGGGAGGAUUCAUUGUCUUUGUACUCAUCUGCAUCGUAUGGUUCCCAUUGCUUCUUAUGUCACUGGUCAAGUCUGUGGCAGGAGUAAUCAAUCAGCCUCUGGACGUAUCUGUUAAAAUUACCAUCAGUGGUUAUGAAUCUUUAUUUACUAUGAGUGCUCAGCAGCAAAACCUGGUUCCUUUCACUCAUGCAGCAUAUAAUGAACUCACCACUCAAUAUGCUCUUCAUCCUUCAGCCAUGCAGUUUAUAGUCAACUAUAAUCCAGAGGACAUUGUCGUGGCUAAAAUAAAAGGCAACGCUAGUCUGCUGUGGAGCAUUAGUCCCGGAAGUCGGAAAGCUAUGAUAGCUGAACUCUCCAACUCCUCUGCAAUCUAUAUCAACUUCCACUGGAUUAUUCUCAGAAAUGCCUCUCUUGUGAAGAAUGUUGAAGCAUCAGGCAUACACACUGUAAGAUAUGAAGAGAAGGAAAUACGGGAGCAAAUCAUUCAAAUGCUUUGUGGCACCAGGACAGAACCAGUAUUACUUCCCAGUGUACUUCCAAGAUAUGUGAGAGCUACUGGAGGAGCAGAAGCCAAAAUCGCACACAGAUUGCAAGUUGCAUAUAACCCAAAGGACAUAAAUAAGAUGGCUUUCUUCAGAAAUAUAACAAUUAAGCUGCAGCAGUUGCCUGGCGAGAGAAGUUCAAGCCAUGUGCCUGAAUGGUGGAUUGUUGAAGAGCAAAGGCCUGGCUGCUUGGGAAAUGGAUGCAGUAAAAACAUGGAGCUCUUUAUCUACAAUGAUAAGGUCAGCCCUUCCAGCCUGGGAUUCCUGGCAGCGCACGGGAUUGUUGGCCUCUAUAUGUCUGUUGUUCUAGUCAUUGGGAAGUUCAUCCGAGAAUUUUUCAAUGGAAUUUCACGUUCCAUUAUGUUUGAAGAGCUGCCGAAUGUGGACCGCAUCCUGAAGCUCUGUACAGAUAUCUUCCUGGCGAGGGAGGCAGGAGAACUUGAGUUGGAAGAGCAGCUCUUUGCAAAACUCAUCUUCUUGUACAGGUCUCCUGAAACAAUGAUUAAAUGGACCAGGGAAGCUAAGGAAAAAUAAAACCAGGGCAGUUACCCAUGAUCACCGCUAAUGAAUUGCUCUCAACAGGAAACGGUGGAUGAAGUUGUGAAGUACAUGGGGGAGAGGAAGGUUGUAAAAUAGGAUAUUCACAUGAUUCAUGCUAACUCAGUGCAAUGUUAUGGCAAGAUACAUAAUCAGGACAAACAGUGUGUUCUAUUUGCUACCUUAAAUCUGUGAUGAGAGCAUAAACAUGAAAUUUGUAUUGCAUACAUUGCAGAACUCUAAGGAUCAGUCAGCUGAAGUGAACUGGCAUGCCAAAUUCUUUACCCAGCAGAUGUCCAAAGGCAGCACUACUAUUUUCUUUUUCACUGAAAAAUGUAAAAAUGUAAAUUUUACACCAAGUUGUCAGCUCCACCUCAAUCAAGCAAUCAAUGUUUGGUGUUGGGGGGGAGGAAAAUUGUUCUUUUAGUUUGGGCAAGUUAAUCAUUAUGUAUUUAUAAUACACUAUGUAAACAUAAAUAAAAUCAA